CGGGAAUGUUUAGUCUCACCUCAACCGACACCUGAUAGAAAACUUACCAGCUUCUACCAGCGUUGUACCAGCUAAAUCAUGAGUAUACCGGAACAAGAAAUCCUGGCUGGAGAGACUGCUCAACCGCCCUGCAAGAAGAGCGCUUCUCUGGAAGGAGACCGGGCAAAUGUGUGUCUACUCAUGUUCCUGUACCUGCUACAAGGUAUACCCCUGGGUCUAGGGGAUGCAGUACCUAUGAUCCUACAGAGUAAAGGUGUCAGUUACAAUGAUCAGGCGAUCUUCAGUAUAAACACAUGGCCGUUCAGCGUGAAACUCCUUUGGGCCCCAAUAGUAGACGCUGUGUACUCCAACAGAUUCGGCCGCCGGAAAUCUUGGCUUGUUCCUACUCAGUUCCUCAUCGGUAUCUCAAUGCUGUGUCUAUCGUAUCGCGCUGAUUCCUGGAUAGACGAUCCUGCAGGACCUCGUAUAAUUCUCCUCACAGUGUUCUUCUUGGUGCUGACGGCUCUGGCAGCCAAUCAGGAUGUGGCACUGGACGGUUGGGCUCUCACUAUGCUCAAGAGGGAAAACAUCGGUUACGCUGCUACUUGCGGCAGUGUAGGGCAGACGGCCGGUAUAUUCUUGGGCUUCUUCGUCUUCAUGUCUCUGGAGUCUGCAGACUUCUGUAACGCCUACCUGCGGUCCGAGCCUCUGCCUUAUGGCGUCCUCACUCUCUCCAGUUUCCUGCACUACUUCGGCUGGGUGUUCCUAACGACAACGACACUUGUGAUGCUGUUCAAGAGCGAAGCGACGCCGCCCGCUGACGAAGAGCCGACCUUGGGAAUUCUGGAGACUUACAAGAAACUGAUACAGAUCAUACGUCUCCCAGCAAUGAAAUCAUUUUUAAUAUUCCUGCUAACAAUGAAUGUCAGUUUCAGUGCAUGUGACUCCAUCUCUUGGCUCAAGCUGGUGAGAGCGGGCCUAAACAGGGAGAAGUUUUCGCUGGCCACAACAAUUAUCAUCCCUAUUAAACUUUCACUGCUUCUUUUCUUCAGCAAACGCAUGACAAGCGAAAAAUCGAUGGAGGUCUUCACAAAAAUAUACCCCUUCAGAUUAGCUUUCAACUUGGUUGUAUCUGCCUUCAUCUGGGCAGCUCCCCUGAUGCUCGUAGGACAAGACGUUCCUCUCUAUUUUUACGGUUUACUGAUAUUUAUCUAUGGAUGCCCUCAGAUGGCUUCGUACUUCAUGAAGGCGACGAGGAUAGCAUUCUAUGCCCGUACGAGUGACCCAACCCUGGGAAGUACCUACAUGACACUCCUGGCUACUUUGUCCAAUCUGGGAAUGGCUUGGCCUCAUUCACUGGUCCUUCUUCUGGUGGAUCCCCUCACAUUCAGUCAGUGCUCCACUGAUCCUGAAAACACUUGCUCUAAUUCAAAAUGGACAAAGGAAUGUGCUGGGGAAUGUGAGACUUAUGUGGACGGUUACUAUGUGCUGAUUGCUAUAUGUACGGUGAUCGGACUCCUGUGGCUGAGGUGGGCAAUCCCUACAGUCAGGGAUUUGCAGAGAAAAGAUCCCCAGGAAUGGAAAGUCAGUAUACGGCGUCAGGAGAAGUCAGAAAAUUCGCAGUUUUUAUAAGCAAAUAAAAUAUCAUGUCCAGAUACAGAAUCUCCUCGAUAAGUAAUGAAAUCAAUGUGUCUGAUUCUGUAAGGUGUGACGCGUAUUGUCUUUGAAUUGAUUUACAGCAGAUAACACAAUACUGUAAAUUAAUGUAUGUCUGAAGAGAGCGCUAGAGCUGCCAUCUGUGGAGUGAGAGGUUUAGUAGCAAAUACUUAAACGGUAAUAAUCAAUGUUCAGUGGCGCGCCCUAUCGUAGGACGUCACAAUUCACUGAAAUAAUCCCUUACGAUUGCUACUAUUUUUAAAUUUUUAUGAUGAAUUAUUAAGAACAAUUCUUAAGAACCCAACAUACUUCUUCAACGAGCUUUAUACCUACUAUAACAAAUCCUUGUUAUUAGUGCUCUUUUGCAUUUUUCUCUUCACCAGACAAGUAAUAGUAGUAUCUUGAUAAUGACACACAAUUAAGAGUUAGUACUAUUAAAGGAAGAUAACGUAUUUUACAAUUGUUCUUAAGUUUUUUUAUUAAACUUAUUUCCUGUUGUAGACCACUAGAUGAAUGGAUGAUUUGUUUGUGUUAAAUGUAAGGUAUAAAUAAAAAUAUUAUUUUGCUGAAAAUGAA